GAAUACCGCGAUUGUCGCUUAAUCUCGCGAGAACCAGCUGCCGUGCAAAUUAGUGCAUGGGUACUUGUAGAGGCUUAGGUACAUAUCUACUUAAUUUAGCUAACAUUUAGCUUUAGUAUGUAGUUAUCAACUGCGUGGUAAUUGCAAUAUGUACACAGCUUGACAUAUAGUCAGUAUGGAUGUUUUGGUAAGGUUUUGUGAAAAUUGUCUUCAACGUCUUUUUCAACGAGAGAAAUGCACUUGGGAAAAAGAUUCCCAUGAUCCCACAUUUUGUAGUUUGUAGAUUAGCUAGCUAGCGCUGGCUAGCGAAGCAAACAGAAAGCAGGAAAUAAAGUUUCAACUUCAACAAAAGAGGUGAGAUGACCUCUUCUGCCCUCGGCCAUUCUGCACCUCUCCUCCCAAACCUGGAGCCUGGGAUGGGGAAGUCUGCAGCCAUGCUGGGGUUGUCUGCGGGGUUGGGAGGAGCAGAGAUGGAGCUGCAGAAGAUGCUAAUCGAUGAGAGGAUGAAGUGUGAAAACCACAGGACCAACUACCAGACACUUAAGGCUGAACAUGCCAGCUUGCAGGAUGAGUUUACCCGGGCGCAGGGUGAACUGAAGCGCCUGCUGAGCGACAGACAGGCUCAGCAGGAGAAACUGCAGCUGUUGCUGGCUGAGCUCCGAGGAGAACUGCUGGACAAAACCAGGGAGCUAGAGGAGCUUCGACUGCAGGUGAUGACCCCUCAGCGACUGGAGUUGCUCAGAGCUCAGGUGCAGCAGGAGAUGGAGGCUCCAGUCAGAGAGAGGUUCAAUAAACUGGAGGAGGAGACGGAGAAGUACAGGUCUGAGUACAACAAGCUGCGGUAUGACUUCACCUUUCUCAAGUCCCAGUUUGACCACCAGAGAGAAGAACAUGCUCAUAAACUGGAGGAGACAAGGAUCCGCUAUGAAGCAGAGAUUGCUCAUCUGGAGAAGGACAGGGAGGAGCUGGUGGCUCAGUACCAGAGUUUAGACCCACUGCGUGAUGGGAAACGAGUGGAGGCUCUGCUGAGGGAGAAAGCCCAGCUCCACCUGCGACUGAAGGGCCUGGAGGCAGAGGUGGCAGAGCUUCGCGCCCAGAAAGAAAACUCGGGCCAGCAGGCCGAGAACGUCCAGCGCAUCCAGAUCAGACAACUAACAGAGUCUCAGGCUGCUGUCAAGUCUCUGGAGGCAGAGCGUCAGUCGUUGCGUCUGCAGCUGGAGCGGAUGGAGAGCGAGCUUCAUCUGACACACGAGCAGAACAGCCAGCUCACCGGACGGCUGCACAAAGCCGAGAGAGAGGUCAACUCCCUCACCUGCCAGAUUGAAAGCCUGAAGCAUUCACAUAAACUGGAGGUGGCCAGUGUCAAACUGGAGUGUGCACGCUCCAAAGGGGAGUUGGAGAGGGAGAGAGACGCACUGCAGGGACAGAUUGACGGUCUGCAGGCAGACGUGGAGGUGUUGAAGGCUGCAGUGGCGCGACACAAGGAAGUUCUUCUGGAGAAAGAGAGGGAGUUGGUCAGGAAGGUCCAGUCCGCCCGCGAGGAGGAGUUCCGCAAAACUGCAACCUUGCACGAGGAAAAGUUGGAGGUGGAGAACCGUCUUGCUGCUCUGGAACAGCAGAGGGCCCUGCAGGACGCUACAGACCACGCCCAGAUGGAGGAAUGGGAGGAGCGCCUUCGUAGCACCCAACAAGGAGAGGAGUCAGCCCGCAAGGAACUACAAAACCUGAGAAGCAAACUUCAGCAGCAAAGCUCACAGCUUGAGGAGCUUGAGAGACAGAAAGCAGAGAUUGCUGACCUACAGCAGCAGAACCAGGAACUGGGUGUCCAGCUGGGGACGCUGUCUCACUCUGAAAGUGACCUGAUGGAGACAAACCAGCGACUGAGAGAAACACUAGACAGACUCAGGGAGGAUCUGAGGACAGCCCGAGCCCAGGCUGAGAGGAGCCAACACGAGGCAGAGAGACUGGUGGAGGACCGUCGGGUUGAGUGGCUGGAGGAGAAACACAAGCUGCAGGAGCGAGAAGCUGAGCUGCAGCAGAAAUACUCUCAGGUCAAAGAGAAACUGCAGAGGGCAGCGGUGGCCCAGAAGAAGAGAAAAACACUGACAGAGAACAAAGAGAAGAGACUGCAAGAUAAGAUCCAGUUGCAGGAGGCCAAGAUAGAAGAGCUGGAACUGGAAGCUGCCGCAGCCAAAAAACGUUCAUCUUUCUCAGAGGAGCACGCUCAACUCAACAGGCGAUUGAAGGAGCUGCAGCGACGAAAUAAUGAGUUUCGACGACUCCUAUUGGGCGGCCAGGGUCCCUACAGUGCUGGCCCCCCCUUCCUAACCUCACCCACCCCCUUCCUCCUCCUUGGGUCUGAGGGACCCUUAGCCAACAUACCAGAGGAGCAGCAUCAGAGGGAGCUGUCUUUGCUCCAUCGCAGGCUGGAGGACCUGGAAAGUGCCCAGCAGCAGCAGCUGGAGGAACUGGGCUCUCUGGUGCACAGGGGCCAGGACCCCACUCCCCUGCCUGAUCUCUGAUCCCCACACUACUUCCUAUUGGACUUGCAUUUAAAAUACAGUGAGAUCACACCACUGGCAGGGUUUUUAUAAAAAUGGAGAGGAGAAUGGCUUUUGCCAUUUUCAAAAUGUACCAUGACAUCCUCAGGGUUUGAUUUGUAUUGAGGUGUUUUGUUUACAUGUUUGCUCUGAAUGCAGUGCAGCAACACAGGUCAGCCACUUGUUUUAUACAGAGUAGUUGAUUAAAAAAAGAAUUGCAUAAUGCUU